AUGGGCAGGGUUUCUGCGGCUCCUCGUUCCCCUGCCUCUCUCGUCUACUCGAACAGUCGACCUCAGCGCGAACUGAUCAAGAUGAGUGACCGGUCGGCAGGGGUCAGUCAGGUCGCGGGCCUACACACUCUCGCUUUUACUGCCGCCAUUCAACAGAUCGCCACGGCACCCAAAUAGAAGGGCGGGUUGGUCUUAGAUGGCCACUCUGAUCGACGCCAUCGCUCUCGCGAGACUGCGCCCUUUGACCUCGACAUCAUAACCUCUGCUGACCUCUUCUAACAUUCCGCAACAUCGUCUAAUGGAAUCAGUGGUUAACUUGGACUCUCUGGCUAAUAUGAAAUUGCCGUGUCUUCAGUCUUCCACGAUUGAUAUGACAACUGUGACGCACUCGUCCUUAGCCAACAACAAUAAAAUUCCAUUGGAUCUGUUGGUAAGUAUAGAAGAGUGAUUUGAACACAGUGCAGUUUCUAUUCGCUUACCUCCAUUGUUUACAGUUUGCCUGCUUGGAAGAGGCCUCAGAAGGUGAAGGGACGGUGGCAAAGAAGUUCCGUCUACAGCCGAAUCCGAUCAGUCCUUUGGAUGUGGCAUCAAGUGCCUCAUCAACAAGUGCUUCGUCGACUCAACACAGCCCAAUCCAGCUGAAUACGCCCGGUCGAUUCUUCUGUUCCAGGUCGAGGAAACCGCCAGAGCCGAUCCCGAGUGAUAAGAAAGUGAGAUACCAAAAAAUUGACCAAAUAACGCUUAGCAGAUUAUUGGUCCUCCUUUAAUAUUAUUUUCAUUAGUAAUUCAAUCUUACUGUCAACAUUUUUUUCUAUCUGUGAGGAUUUUCAGGAUCAAGCUUAUUAUGCAAAAAGAAGAAAAAACAAUGACGCGGCCAAAAGAUCCCGAGAUGCGCGACGGAUGAAAGAGGAACAGACUGCCAAAAGAGCCGCCGAACUCGAACAUGUAAGCCUUAAUUAUCUACCGCUACCUCGGUGUCGGAAAGCGGAGUUUUUGUAAAUUUUAUAAUUAUUUUUGUUUCCAAGUUUGAUUGAUUUAAUUUAAUUCAAGUGUUUUAAAAUUUUAAUUAACUUUUUCAAAUGUCAUCCAACUUGGUAUUUAAUAACCAACAUUGAUCAACACCGUCAUUGGAAAAAAUGUCUUACGAACUGUCCGAAAACGGUUGAGACAACGAGUCUGUAAUAAUCAUGCUCCAUUUCAGGAGAACCAAACUCUCAAACAGCAAUUACAAAGUCUUCAAGAACAACUCUCCUACUACAGAGCCCUUAAAAAUCUGAGUGAUCCAACAGAAGAAAGGGGGAAUGGAGUUCAGAAAGCGAAGGAGGAAGUCCCGGAGAUGGUCAAAUCAGAGCUGCUCCAGAACACCUCAGUUUUGCUGAGUCUUUUGAACAACGCUUCUCUCUUUUCUCUUCAAAGGGAUGAAAAUUUGGGCUCUAGAUAG